GGUUCGUGAUUACCGAAGCAAUUCUUCCCCUCUAAAUUCCCCCGCUACACAACUGAACACUGCAACGAAAGCCAAGGAAAAGAAAAGCCUCUCUGCUCUCCUCCUUCUGUUUCUUCUUUCCCACCAUUUUCGUUUUUCCUUUUUGCCUCUCUUUGCAUCGUUUUUGCCUCUCAAUGGAUCCCGUUAACUUAUGGGGCAACACUCCUCUCCAAGCCGUGGACGAGGAAAUAUUCGAUCUGAUCGAAAAGGAGAAGCGCAGGCAAUGCAGAGGAAUCGAACUCAUCGCCUCCGAAAAUUUCACGUCCUUUGCAGUAAUGGAGGCCCUUGGCAGCGCCUUGACCAAUAAAUACUCUGAAGGAAUGCCCGGUAACCGUUAUUACGGUGGCAACGAAUUCAUCGACGAGAUUGAGAAUCUCUGUCGCUCCAGAGCCCUUCAAACCUACCGUCUUGACCCUGCCAAAUGGGGCGUUAAUGUCCAGCCUUAUUCUGGUAGCCCUGCAAACUUCGCUGCUUACACUGCUCUUCUGAAUCCACAUGACCGAAUCAUGGGUCUUGAUCUGCCCUCUGGUGGGCAUCUCACACAUGGGUAUUAUACUUCUGGUGGGAAGAAGAUCUCUGCAACUUCGAUCUACUUUGAGAGCUUGCCUUAUAAGGUGAAUUCGACUACUGGGUAUAUUGACUAUGAAAAGUUAGAGGAGAAGGCCAUGGAUUUUAGGCCCAAGUUGAUUAUUUGUGGUGGAAGUGCGUACCCCAGAGAUUGGGACUAUGCCAAAUUCAGGUCCAUUGCGGAUAAAUGUGGUGCUCUUUUGCUAUGCGACAUGGCUCACAUAAGUGGUCUUGUUGCUGCCCAGGAAGCUGCUGACCCCUUUGAGUACUGUGAUGUUGUCACAACCACCACUCACAAGAGCUUGAGGGGGCCUAGAGCUGGUAUGAUCUUCUACAGGAAGGGCCCCAAGCCAGACAAGAAGGGUCGGCCUGAAGAUGCAGUUUAUGACUUCGAGGACAAAAUCAACUUUUCUGUUUUCCCAUCCCUCCAAGGUGGUCCACACAAUCAUCAGAUUGGUGCAUUGGCUGUUGCCUUGAAGCAGGCCGAUUCUCCUGCUUUCAAGGCCUAUGCUAAGCAAGUCAAGGCCAAUGCUGUUGCUGUUGGAAAUUACCUGAUGAACAAAGGAUACAAGCUUGUCACUGAUGGCACAGUGAACCAUCUUGUUCUGUGGGACCUUAGACCUCUUGGAUUGACUGGCAAUAAAGUUGAGAAGCUUUGCGAUCUAUGUAAUAUUACUGUGAACAAGAAUGCUGUUUUUGGGGAUAGCAGUGCACUGGCGCCUGGUGGGGUCCGAAUUGGUACACCUGCUAUGACUUCGAGAGGCUUGGUCGAGAAAGACUUUGAGCAGAUUGCUGAAUUCCUCCAUCAGGCUGUCACCUUAUGCCUGAACAUCCAGAAGACACAUGGGAAGCUCUUGAAGGACUUCAACAAGGGACUGGUGAACAACAAGGGUAUUGAAGACCUGAAGGCUGCUGUUGAGAAAUUCUCAUCCUCCUUUGACAUGCCUGGCUUCCAAGUGUCUCAGAUGAAGUACAAGGAUUAGUUUAACAAAUAUUGAUAGAAGUAAUACUAUAUUGGCUCCUAAAGCCUCUUUUUUUUGAAAUUCUUUUCCUGUUCUCUUUUAUCUUCUUAUUUUACUUACUACCUGUGGUUUUCUUUGAAAGGAAAAAAAUAAUGUUUUUCUCUCUGUUUUUGAAUAUUACAGGUUAUUGAUGGAUUCCAUAUUGUUUUUUUUUUUUACCCUUUCCAAAUGUAUAAUUCUCCUAGCAGUGGAGAUAUCUUCCUUUUCAAGUCACUGGAGUUUCGGUUGCUUAUAUUCAACAAUUAUACUCUGUACCCUUGUUCAAGAUUGGAAUUUUGUUAGAAAUAAAAUCAACAAAUUUAGGUUAGAAA